AUAGGUAACACACUUCUGACGUUAAACAGCACUACUUCCAUUGUUUAUAAACUAUAAACACAAAAGAAAACGUUAACGUUCGAGUAAAUAGAAAAUGCAAAGCGAUCACUGGGGCUCCAUGGAUGAGGACAGCGUCGGCCUUCCGCCCGACAAGUUUGUGCCGACGACCGCCAAGAGGCUAAAACUGGAUGAGAUACGGCAACGCGGCGAUUCGGUGCCGCUGCCCGUGGAUAAACACGAUGAAAUUGAGCUAAAGAGCUCGCUGGUCACGCAAACCAUCGAGGUGAUGAAACAAACCGAAGUGCUGCAAUCCCUCAUCGAUACGUACUCUAACAAAAAUGGCACUUCGAACUAUCUGCUCAACCCCUGCCAGAUGAUACCCGAAGUAGACUUUCCGCCCGAAAAUGCCGCCGAUUUGGUGAGCGAACAGAAAUUCCAGAAACCCAUCUGGUUUAUACCCACUGUGAAUACGGCAUAUUCACGCGGUGACCCGCAACCCCAUCCCGAAAUCUCCAGCAACACCUGCCGCCAUGCUCUGCGCAAAGUCAUGUGCGGCCUGCUGCGUCUGGCGGGCUUCACCGACUGCUCCGAGACGGCGGUCAUGCUGCUAACCGAUGCGGCCGAAGAAUUCUUGCGCAGCUUCAUCACAGAGUAUCGUGGCUACUAUGACAUCGAUGACAGGCUGGAGAAGUCGACGAUGCUGCAGCUGCUGCCACUGGAGCGAGCCUACUUCAGCAUGACGGGCACAUCACUGACCCAGGUGCACAACUACUACAAGCACAAGGUGAUAUCGCGCAAUCGCGUCGAGAUAGCCGAGUUCAACAGCGUGCUGCAGGAGUACGACAAGCUGAUGAAGGAAAGCCAGAGCAGCAUGCAGAAACAGCAGCAGAUGCAGCAGCACCACGACUUCAAUGGCCACGACUUUCUCAACAUGCUCGAAAUGCAGUCGGGCGACGAUGGCGGCAGCAGCGCCAACGGCAGCAACAGCAUGGGCAACAUUGUCGGCGACAUGCUCCAAGAGCUCGGCGGCAGCACUAACUCCAGCAUAUCGCUGAGCAACGGUCAGCAGCAAAUACUAAGCGGCAAUGCUUUAUACGGCCUGCUCGAUGGCCAAAUGAGCAAUACUAGCUCCACAAUGGCCAGCACCAGCAACAGCAACAACUAUCCGAACAAUUUUGAUACUUAGCACGACAGACAACACGUUAGCUGUAGCAUAAUUAUCAUUCGAGAUAUCGAUGAGCAACUAUUUUCAUCAGAUGAAUGAAAUUAAGGCUACGGCUAGCGCGAGCGCAGCCCUUUUUGUCAGCAUAGUUUUACCCUCCAAGUGCCGAAUAUGAAAUACCCUUGCAGGCAAUACCCUUAAAGCAAUAUUUGCGAUAUAUAUUCCUCUAUAAACUAUCAAACUCGAAUUUCGAGUUAAUUGGCUUUCGAGAACAAGUUUUCCCAUGCCAAACAAAUUUCUUUCACAAUUCUUCCUCUAGAGCUGUAUAAUAUAGUAGUCCGAUAUUGAUAAGAUUGAGCGCAUAUAUAGUUAGCAUGGUAUAGAUCUUAAAUGUUAAGAUUGGUUAAAAUAUCUUGAAAAUCAAAAAUGUUUUUCAUCUGACAGCUAGUUGAUAUAGUUAUCCGAUGUUGAUAGGAUUUGGCACGGAUGUGAGCAGCACAUUGAAGCGCGUAAAUGAAGUCUGUUAGGUUGUAUUGAGAUGGAUAAAUGUUUUUUACAAUAGUUCAUAAGGCAGCUAAUAUAAUAUAGUAUUCCGAUCAGAACCACAAAGUAACAUGUAUCAAAAUAAAUACGCCGGACUUGGCGUAUUGAGGCUGAUUUGCCCGCCCACGUUUCCAGCUGUCCGCUCAAAAGAGUUGUGGACAAAUUAAGCGAUAACUCAGGAAAAUCGAUGUUAACAAUUAGUUAAGCUUAACAAACACUUUUUAUUUCAAAUUGUAAUUGUAUACUUUUGCCAGUUUUUACAUACAUAUGCCCAAGUGCAUGGAUUGUGAAAAAAAAACGAUGCUAUUUUAAGUUAAAAGUGAAAAGUAACCUUUAAAUAAGUAAGAAGCAAGAUGCGUCGACGAUUAUAUAAAGAUAUGUUAUAUAUGUUAAGAAGAUAACUCCUAUGCGUUGCACAAUUCAUAACAAUAAUUAUAAUGUCAGCUGCAAGGGUAUAACAACUGCCAAAUCAAAAUGCAAAUUGAGAAAUCAGCUGCUCUCAAAUAGAAUCAGGAACUCUUUUAUAGCAAUAAUAAGUCGCCUUAUACAUAUACACAUAUACUAAAUGAAAAUUACUCGGCGUCGCUCGGGUCCAAUGUUUAAUGUUAAAUAAUGCAAGCGCUAUGCGAAAUCGCUUGUGCAAUUUGCGCCAACUUUAGGCAAAUUUUGUUUUUUUAUUUAUUAAUAUUGCUCUUUUCUUAGUGAAUAAAUCAAUUAA